UAUGUAUCCUUUGGUGGGUCCUGGUCCCUACACAGAUUCCCAAAGCAGUAACAUAAACGUGAGGAGAGACUGAUCAAGGAUGACCAAGAAGUUUAGCCCCUGCAAACUAACUUUUUUGUUAAGAGUUUUUCGAGAAUGAAAUUGGAUUAGACCCAGCGAUGACGUAUCCUGUUUGAUUUCUUUUCCCCUUGCGCUCUGACGAGCUUUGUGUUUAAGCAGGCUUUUGUUUCUGGCUGUGAGUUGCUUUAAAAAAAAAAAUUGGGAGUGUGUCUCGGGGUGUCGAGGGUGAUGUGCUUAGCUUGAUUGGCUAGGUUUGGCUCGGUCUGCUUGCGAGUCCUUUGUUCUUCCCACCACCCUCAGGUCAGUUGUGCAACAUGCCCUUAUGGUUUAAGGAGGAAAAAAAAAAGGGGAAAAAAAAAAAGUGAAAUGCUGAGUAAUGCCAGAGUUUUCUCAAAUGGCUGAUGCAAACCUGGAGAAUUUGCAUCAUCAUUCAGCUGGAGUAACUUGGUAUGACAACAGCUUAAAUACAAGUCCACACGGAAGCUGAGCUGGUUUCCAAUGAUAGGGCAGUACCAGCUCGCAGUGUGAAAGCGCAGGUACUCCUGAGCCAGGCUCAGAUCGCAGGAAGGGCUCACAUACUCUUUAGGAGCUUGUUACCUGUGUGUAGGAGCAGCUGGAAAGAUAAGAGAGGAGAGAGGAAGAGACAGAGUAGUUGGCUGCACAGAAAGGGGGGAAAAAAAAAAAAAAAGCCUUGAGUUCCUGCUGAAAACUUUUCUGCCUGUGCUUGCCGUCAGUGUGCUGGUGGCACUGUAGCAUGCCUAGGAAAGCUGCUGUGCCCACGGUCUCUAAUGGAAGCUACUUACAGGGGCAAGCUAAUGGCAGGUUGUCCUCUCUGGACAGUGGACAGCCAGCCCUGGAGGGAAAAGUUGUGCUGAAGAAGAAAGUGACGCUUUUGAGGGGGAUAUCCAUCAUAAUUGGCACUAUCAUUGGAGCUGGCAUCUUCAUCUCUCCCAAAGGCAUCCUGAAGAACACAGGCAGCGUGGGCAUGUCCUUGACUGUCUGGACAGCAUGCGGUAUCCUUUCACUUUUUGGUGCCCUCUGCUAUGCUGAACUAGGAACAUGCAUUAAGAAAUCUGGUGGUCACUACACCUAUAUCCUGGAGGCCUUUGGUCCAUUACCUGCUUUUGUGAGAGUCUGGGUUGAACUACUCAUUAUUCGCCCUGCUGCCACAGCAGUGAUAUCGUUGGCAUUUGGACGUUACAUUUUGGAACCUUUCUUUAUGCAGUGUGAAAUCCCAGAACUUGCGAUUAAACUUAUUACAGCUGUUGGCAUCACGCUGGUGAUGGUCCUGAAUAGCACAAGUGUCAGCUGGAGUGCCCGCAUUCAGAUGUUCCUUACCUUUUGCAAGCUUGUAGCAAUUCUGAUAAUUAUAGUCCCUGGAGUUAUCCAGCUAAUUAAAGGAGAAACACAGCACUUUAAAAAUGCCUUUGCGGGGAACGAUGCCAGUGUUUUGGGACUACCACUUGCUUUUUAUUCAGGAAUGUAUGCCUAUUCAGGCUGGUUUUACCUCAAUUUUGUUACUGAAGAAGUGGAAAACCCUGAAAAAAACAUACCCCUCGCAAUAUGCAUUUCAAUGAUUAUCGUCACAGUUGGCUAUGUGUUAACAAACGUGGCUUAUUUCACUACAAUCAGUGCUGGGGAAUUGCUGCUUUCAAAAGCUGUAGCAGUGACCUUUGCUGAACGGCUAAUGGGAAACUUUUCUUUAGCUGUACCAGUAUUUGUUGCUCUCUCCUGUUUUGGAUCUAUGAAUGGUGGUAUUUUUGCGGUCUCCAGGAUGUUCUUCGUUGCAUCCCGUGAGGGUCACCUUCCGGAAAUUCUCUCCAUGAUUCAUGUCCGCAAGCACACUCCUCUGCCAGCUGUCAUUGUUUUGCAUCCUCUCACAAUGAUAAUGUUAUUCAACGGGGAUCUCUACAGCCUCCUGAAUUUCCUCAGUUUUGCCAGGUGGCUUUUUAUUGGACUAGUAGUUGCUGGGUUGAUUUAUCUCAGAUAUAAACGUCCUGAUAUGCCUCGUCCUUUCAAGGUUCCUCUAUUUAUUCCAGCAUUGUUUUCCUUCACCUGUCUCUUCAUGGUUGCACUGUCACUUUACUCUGACCCGGUGAACACAGGGAUUGGAUUUGCAAUAACCCUGACUGGCAUUCCUGCCUACUACCUCUUUAUUGUAUGGGACAACAAACCAAAGUGGUUCAGAAAGCUCCUAGACAGGGUAACCAGAACAUUGCAAAUCCUCCUGGAAGUCAUCCCAUCAGAGGAAGACCAGAAAUCAUGAUCUUCAUGUACAGCUUUUGGCUUGCUGUUUCAUUUCAACCUGAAGUCAAGAGAGCAGGGAGAUUUAUCCCCCUUCCCAACAUCCUGCAAACUGGAGGAACAAGUCACAGUUGAGAUGGAAACCAAGCAAGUCACUUACCAGAACUGUAUUUUACGAUGCUGUUGCAAAAUAUUUUUUAACGUGGUUGGUGUAGAAAGCAAGAACUUGUGUUAUGAGGGAACUCAUCUCUUCAAUAUCUCUUUUGUUACAGAGUCCUAUUUUAACAAACUCUGGGUUUGUCAAGCUAGGAUUUUGGUUGCCUUGUCACUGAAAACAGGUUUAAGUGAUGUGUAAGUAAUAGUAGGGUCUUCUGUGAAGAAUGUAUCCUUCUUGCUGUCCCUGGAGGUCCCAACUCUCACCAGAGAAAGGGUGAGAUAAGCCUGCUGAGUUUCACGUAAUAUGUUCUUCCCAUCAAACUAUUUGGCAGCCUGAUUUUACUUCUGUUGGCUUGCUGGAAGCCCCAGCACACUGAUGAUGAAGCACAGCGGUUUCAACACCUUUGUGGUGGCAAGUUCAAGAUUUCUUCAUUCCAGAGCUCUUAUACUAUAGCUGACAGGAAUGUCUUUUGAGACUUAAUAUUUCUGCCCAUGGGGCAGGAAGAUUUUAGCACGGGAACAGCAAUUUUAUGCAUGUUAAAGUUUUUACCAGUCCGGAGAUGAUUACUGGUUUUACCAGUGUUUCUUUGUGUACAUGUACACAGGAAAUCCAGCAACUUGAGUAAUCACCUUCAAAAGAGUGAAAACAUUUGAAUGUGAUCUCCGUUGCUGUAUGAAUAUUUCCUAUCUGGAAGCAUAUGGUCCUGCAGUUAUCAGUCAGGCAAACCCGAUUUAAAAGUUUUGUAUCAGCGUUCGUAGGCAGAAAUAGAUGUCACUGGUGGAAUUCGGUAUAGACAUUGCCAUCAAUGCAAGGCCAUUUUAUGAAUAAGGUAUAAGGCAAGCUACAGCAGAUUUGUUGCUUUGAGUAGGAUAUGCCCCUAAUCUGUGGGCUUUUCACUCAAGCACACUCCAGUUAACUGGGUUUUGGAACACUGAGAAACAGGUGCUCUGCCUGCCUUCUCAGGGGUUUUAUCUCAGCAGAAACAGAGAAAAGCCAUCAAAACUGAUAAAAUCAAAUUAAAUUCACCUUCAGAACUGUUUUUGAACUGAGCUCUGGCUCAUGUAUGAGCUGAAGCCUUUUUUUCAAAGAGUUGUAGAUAAAGAAAUUUUUUAAUCUUAGAAAUUCAGUUUUAUAUUGUUAACGACUACUCAACCUUAAGAUUAAGGUUUGUUAUCAUUCUGUUAAGAAUAUAAUACUUAACUAUUGAAUGCACUACUUUUUAGCUGUCUGCUGUCAGCAAAUCAUAUGUUUCAUGAAAGCUUUUAUGGAACUAAGCAGAAUUAAACUUCCUAAAUGGGGAGAAAAGCACAACUUGUAGCCAGACCACUGCAGUAAAGGGAGACUGUAUUGUAUAUGUGUUGUAUAUAUCCAGAAUAUCCUCUACUUAAAGGAUGUACAGUAAUAUGUCUUAAAUUUAUAUAUGUUUUCCUUUUUUUAUAUCUUUGUGGUGGAACAUCACAGAAGUAGGGAAAUGCAAAUAAUGUAGAAGAGCAGUAAUUUAAGACACAGAAAACAUUUUGCAAACAAUUUUUUCUUUAAAUGUUUUCUCUUUUGCAGUAACUUAAAGUGUUAUUUGAAACUGUUUUUAGGCAAACAUUUUGAGACAGGUUUUUGUGUUGACAGUAGAUGUGUUUAAUUAGUACUUACGUUUGGGUGAGAAUUCUGCCUUUGAGGUCAUCUCCUGCCAUCCCUGUUCAUCAGGGUUUGGCCUGUGUCGUCAUGGAACAUGAACUCUAAUUCUCUCUGAAAGAAAUAAACUAUCUGGCACCCUUCAGGAGUGCACCUAACCCAUUCCUCCACUGAUGGAUACUGAGUCAUGGGAUCCAGAGCAAAACCACCUGAAGAGCAACAGCUUGGUGUGAGGUUUUCAACUCUGUUUCAUCCCACAUAUUCAUCCCUAUUGUGCCACAUUACUUGAAAGUUUAAAUGUGAGCAGUGUUAACUUGUAGAAAUAAAGGGGCUCCAUAAAUAUGACUGAAUGUUGCUAUAUUUUCCCAUCGUGGUCUUUAAAGUUUAGAAAUGUUUCUGAAGCCUGAUUCAAUAAACACAUUUUUGCUGGGUUUAUUUCAUGGAAGGGGUUAAUUUGUCCCAAGGGAUGUCCUAUGUCUCAUUGACUGUGAAGUUGUAUAUUUUAGGAAGAAAGAAAAAAACCUGGAAAAUAAAAACCUAUUUUCUUGAAAGUGCACAGGGAUUCUAAUUUCAGGUUAAUUUCUUUAGUACAUGUAAUCACAAUAUAAAAUAAUGUAAUUUGGUUUCCACUGUAUUAUGAAAGUCUGUAUUAAGGACUUUUAUUACACCUGCAAUCAUAUCCUCACAAAUGGAGGAAAACCAGGUUACAAUAUUUUUUUUUUCCAAGCAUCAAGUUAUUUUUUAAGACUUUUAAAUAUUUGCUUCAGAGUCAUAAAGAAAUUCUUCUAGAAUAAAGGAUACAUUUUAUAUAUAAUAUUUCUUAUUAAGGCCUGAGGUGGUCAGGCCAAUGAGACUAUUUUUGUGGAGAACUUCAGUGAUCCUUAAUUUUUUUUUUCUUACCCUACCUAUAUAUAAAUAUAACACAUUUUCUGAAUGUGUGUGCUCCUUCUAUUUGAUUUUCAGAGAAAAAUCAGCCUUCAAUUUAGGAAAGUUUUUCAAAUAUUAUUCUACAGAAGAAGAUAGAAGUUACCUGUAUCCACAUGAUGGGUUGUGCUGAUUGUGUCGAUGCAACAAGAUGAAAAGGCUUUUCCAUUAUGCUCAGUACCUCCAGAAUUUUUGAUUCAAGCAUUAGCCAUAUAUCAGGAUCCAGACAGAUUUUAAUCAGCAUAGGUCUUAGAGAAAUGAGUGUUGAUCUUUUUUCAGGAGGAAUUAGGUGUUUCAUUUUUCCAACAUACCUAUGAAAUACUGUGUUUAAUGGCCUGAAGAGCACAGAUGGCUUGGACAGCAGAGCACGGAGCAGGUAACACAUUGGAAUCCAGUGUGUAAAGUGUGUGCAUGUCUGGGAAGGAUACAAAUGACAAAGUUUGAACCAAGGAAGGAAUGGUCAAGAGGAAGGACAAUGUGUGAUAACUCCUGCUUGGUUACUGGGCUGCUACCUGAACCUGGGUGCUCUUCUGCAGCGACUGCAGUGUCUGUGCAGCUUCUGGCACAGGGAAGGCCAGUAACAAAUGCCAGUUUGGGAACAUCUUUGGAACUUCAGACAUUUGAACUGGAUUGUACUCUUAAACUUGCACUCUAUACAUAGUCUGUGCAGGUGGUUUUUGUGCAAGUGAGGACAACCAUCCUAAAAAAGUACACUUGUGCCCAUGCUGGCUCUCCCCUUGGCAGAAUAAGUCUCAGGGAAGGCUGGUAGUGCCAAAGGGAGAUGGUAGGUUGAGAUAUCCCUGUGCCCAGUUAGGUGUUCUUUUCUGUGGAAGACAUCAGUUGCAUUGGGUUUUUCCCUCUUGAACAUCCUCCUGCAUUCUUUGAACCUGUCCUCUGUGGUGAUGAGUCUGGAGUAACGGAGGGAAGCCUCCUUGCUUUAAACAUGAACUGGGGAUUCGUUGAGACUUGGCAAACCGAUGAAGUAUUCUGCUUGCCUUCAGAAGACUGUAUAGUUUUCUUGCAUGUUAGUUCAUGUUUAAUUUGUUUUCUUUUGUCUUUUUGCCAAGGAGCUGUUGGGGAGCAUGUCAACAGUUGACACCAAUUCUGUUUACAUGUGCUUUCUUGUUUUGUUUUUAUUGAAAGAAACUUUUGAAAAAUUUUUUUUCCUUGAAGUGCAAAGACCCG